AUGGUAAUUGUUGCAGUUGGUAUAAGAAUAACGCGAAUUCAAUUGCCUUCCAAGAAAAUCAUCAAGAAAAGAGUGGCUCCUCCUCCACCUAUAGCUCGAAAAGUUGAAGUGGCAAAAAAAGAGCAGAAUCCAUUGUUCGAAAAACGGCCGAGAAAUUUCGGCAUCGGUCAGCAUAUUCAACCAAAACGUGAUCUAACACGUUUUGUCCGAUGGCCCAAAUACAUUCGUUUACAACGCCAGAAGGCUGUUUUGAUGAGACGUUUGAAAAUUCCACCACCAAUUAAUCAGUUCCGCUCAGCGCUUGAUAAACAGACAGCUACACAACUUUUCCGUUUGCUGGAUAAAUACCGACCAGAAACAAAGCAUCAAAAGGUGAAUAGAUUGCGAGCACGCGCAGAAGCCCGAGUUGCUGGGAAAACUGAAGAAGUUACGAAGCGCCCACCAGUUGUUCGGUCAGGUGUAAACCAUGUUACUAAACUUGUGGAACAGAAGAAAGCGCAGUUAGUAGUUAUCGCUCAUGACGUCGAGCCUAUAGAAAUUAUUCUCUUUCUCCCUGCACUGUGUCGCAAAUUUAAGGUACCAUAUUGCAUUGUCAAGGGUAAAUCACGGCUGGGUCAAGUUGUUCAUCGUAAGACUUGCUCUUGCUUAGCAAUUGUCGAUAUAAAUCCGUAU